AUGCGCCCGUCGCAUGGAGACAGUAGCUUGGGGCAUUUCCUGCCAUCGUUGCCCUUUGGGCAAAGGUCCACCGCGCCCACGUCAGCGUCGCCGACGCAGGCGGAGGCCAUGCCAGACCUGGAUGUGGAAGAGGACGAAGACGAGCAUCCUCUCUCAGAGAUCCCCCCUGAACUCCUGAAUGAGAAAGUACUGCGUUCUGCGUACAUGUUCACCCGUACAGAAAAGCGCAAGCAAUGGAAGCGUCGUUGGGUCGUACUGCGUGCGACGCGUCUUGCCUUUUACAAGAACGAUAAAGAGUAUACAUUGCACAGUGUCAUCCAGGCCAAAGAGAUGCGCACAGUGGCUCCUGUGGAACUUAAGCGUGAAGGUGUCUCCAUUUGCAUUGUAACGCAAGAUCAGACGCUUUAUCUGCGCGCCUCUGAGCCGAGGCAAACGAACGUGUGGCUUGAUGACUUGGAGCGGACGCGUUAUGCGGCUACAGAGCCAUCAGGUAUCGCGCAUAUGGAUCCCAAGGUGGCCUCUCCGGUAUCAAGUACGGCGACGCCGCUACCGGCCACGCCGGUAGUAAACCAUGCCUAUUCAUACGACGAAAGCGCCCCAGAUGUCUUGCUCUCCCCCAGCACCGUGACCUCGCCUGCCCAUGCCAUACGUAUUGAGCCUGCACACAACCGCAAGACCAAGUUGGAAAUUCCCAUGCCGAUCAAUAUGCCUUCCCAGCGCCCUACUACCGAUAUACCAGAAGGCUAUGGCAGUAUACCUCACUCUUCGUCUAACCACCCGACAGGGCUGAGCAGCUCUGAGGAUGAAUUUGAUGAUGCGCCUGGCGAUAUGCUGAUGCCACUUCCAUCAGAGGUAUCUGCACAGAUGCAGUCGCCAGCAGCGCCCUCGCAGGAGGAUACAAAUCGCAUUAUCGCACAGGGCUAUUUGAUGAAGCAGAGUCAUCGCCGCAAGCAAUGGCGGAAACGAUGGUUUGUUCUUACGCUAGAUAUGCUUUAUUACUCUCGGAGUCAUAUGGAUACGCGCUCCUAUCGACGUAUUCCCACCAAAACAAUCCUUGAUGUGAUGGAGUAUGAUCCGCCAAGUCCGAGUCCCUUUGGUCCAUCGCUUUCGCUCUCGCCCAGUUCAUUUGGGCUGCGUGGCUUCGGCGCAGAUGCACGAGCUCAUGGUGGGAUGCCCUCGUCGCCCUUGCGCGAUGGAUUGAGUCAUUUGCACCCUGACUCGCACAAGCCUGCAUACUGCUUCCGCAUUGUAACGACAGACCGCUCUUUUAUUUUGUGUGCACCGACGGAAGACGAAGAGAUUCAGUGGCUUAGCGCGUUGCAGACGCUUCUGAAUCGCCAACGUUCCUCAGCGCACGCACCCCCACGAACAUAG